AUGCCAGGCAGUAAAUCCAGGCAGGUGCAGGACCUGGAGCAGCAGAACAAGGUGCUGACCACGAGGUGGAACUUCCUGAAGGAACAGGACAAUUCCCAGUCGGACGCCGACGUCCGGGCCAUCUACGAGCAGUUCAUGGGCAGGAUGAGCCAGGAGAGGAAGGCCCUGAGCCUGGAGCAGGAGAACCUGGAGCGGGAGCUGGAGAAGGUGCUCGGCACCAUGGACGCCUUCCGCAGCAAGUACGAGGAUGAAAUCCGGCUCUGCAGCGGGAUGGAAUUCACCUUCAUGGAGCUCAAAAAGGAGCUGCAGGAGCUGCUGUCGGAGCUCAAGGACAUCUCGGUGGUCCUGGGCAUCGACCCCUCGUGCCCGAUGGACCUUUCCCGGGUCGUGGAGGACGUUCGGGCCCAGUACGAGAGCCUGGCCCGGCACAGCUGGAUCGAGGCCGAGGCCCUGUCCAGGAGGAAGCUGAGCGAGGGCCAUUCCCAGGCCGGGACGUUCGGGGGGCACCUCCUGGAGAGCCGGAGGGAGAUCGCGGAGCUCAACAUCCGGAUCCAGAAACUGCGCUCGGGAAUCGUGUCCCAGAGGAGCCAGUGCCUGUUCCUGGAGGAGCACAUCCGGGAGGGGGGCGAGCAGGGGGACACAGCCCUGGGGGUGUCCUUAUGA